ACAAGAUUCAGGUCCAGUAACACCUAAAAGACCAACUAAAUUUCCAGGAUAUGACUUUUUGAUAAUCAGAGCUAGCAAUUGUUGGGGCAAGGGGGGGCGGGCAACAACAAACUGAGGCUUUUGACUCCUGCUUUAGACUUUCUGGAGCAUUUUGUCAUUCUGUGGGAAACAGAAUGCCAGACAAGAUGGAUAGAUGAAACUACUUUAUACAGAAUCAUCAGAACAUUGGUCUAUCAAGUUGCAAGAAUGCAAGUGAAUAUGAAUCAGCUUCAAUAAAAUGACUAUGACCAGCUUCCAGAUGACGUUCCUAUUUCUGCGACUAUUGCAGACAUCGAAGAGAAAAGAGGCUUCUCCAGUUACUAUAUGUUUGUGAUUGAGGUGAAGACAAAAGGAGGAGGAAGGUACAUGAUCUUUCGUCGUUACCGCCAGUUCUAUAACCUGCAUGGCAAGCUAGAAGAAAGGUACAGUGCGGGGAGCAAAAACAGCCUCUUUACAUGCACACUUCCCAUCCUGCCAGGGAAAGUUUAUGUUGGUGCAAAAAGAGAGAUUGCAGAAAGCCGGAUUACAAUACUCAAUACAUACAUGAAGAAACUACUUAGCCUGCCUGUUUGGUUUCUGAUGGAUGAAGAUGUUCGACUGUUUUUCUAUCAGUCACCUUUUGACAGUGAGCAGACACCUGUGGGGCUGAGAAGGCUUCGGCCACGCACUCGACGAGUAAAGAGCAUUUCUCCCCAAGAACCUGGCUUUGACAGAAUGGCAGCUCCAAGGGCUGAGGCACUGUUUGAUUUUACUGGGGCCAGUAAACUGGAACUAAGCUUCAAGAAAGGAGACUUGAUCUAUUUACUGAGCAAGGUCAACAAAGACUGGCUUGAGGGAACUGUCCAAGACGCCACUGGCAUUUUCCCACAUGCUUUUGUGGACAUAAUUAAAGACCUCCCAAAAGAAGAAGACACUAUCAAUUGGCUACGCUGCUAUUACCAUGAAGAUAAUCUCAGCUCCAUCAGGGACAUAUCGGUGGAUGAGGACUUGAGCAGCACCCCGCUGUUCCAAGACCUCAUGGAACUAAUGAGAAGAGAGUUUGGGCGUGAUGAUAUUGCCCUGAAUUAUCGGGAUGCAGAGGGUGACCUGAUCCGUUUAAUCUCUGACGAGGAUGUGAAACUCAUGGUGCUGCAGUGCCAGAAUAGGCCCAUCUUCCCAAAGCACAUCUUCCCGUGGAAACUGCACAUCACCUGGCAAGAUGACUACACGGUCUACAGCACCAGCCCAACACAAACAGUGAAAGGACCGUGAUCUUCAAUGGCUCGUUCUGCUUCAGUAUGAAGGGAAAGUCAUUCAACAGUCAGCAAUAAUGAUAAAUUUCUGAUGAUUUCUCCAUACUUUCCUAUAGCAUUUAGCAUGUAAGACAUAACUUAGUAGGUUUGACUUAUUUCUUGACUAGUUGGUGAAAAUACAUAAUACUUCAAGCUACUGAAAGAAUUUUCCAAGCUCUGUCAACCAUUUUUAGGUACCAGUGAGCUAGCAAUUAUAUUAUUAAUAACAAUUAUAUUAUUAAUAACAAAUUUAAAGGGAUUUUAUUUUAUUCAUGUAAAAAUGUUGACUAUUAAUUUCUUCAAGUGUCUCAGAAAUUUGUAUAUUGGUUAAUAAUAUGAGGCUCUUGAAAAAAUUAAUAUUUUUUUAAAAAAUCCUUUUAAAAUCUUUAGUUAUUCAUCUUGCAGCACAAUCUAAACAGUUACACCCUUCUAAGCACAUUUACUUCAAUGGAUUUAGAAGGGCAUAACUCAGUUUAGGAUUGUACUGUUAGUAAUGCAAAAAGCUACAUCUAAUAAUAAAAAAAUCCUCUUCCUAGGCACAACAUUGUAUACAUCAUUGGAUUACUCAGACUACAUUUAGGAGAAACUCAGAUUGGA